AUGGGUGGACUCUUUUCGCAUCAAGAGGACGAAAGCUUGCGUGUAUUCAAAGUUCACGAAACUGGCAAGCGUAUUGACUCUUACGAAGAAAUCAAAUCAGUCUACACAGAACUUCUUGAACAUAAAGAUAUUGUUACUGAAAUCACUUUAUCGCAGAAUUCCUAUGGUGUAGAAGCAUGUAAUGCUAUAAGUGAAGCAAUUCAGCAGUGUGUUAAUCUGCAAGUCGCAAAUCUUAGUGAUUUAUUUGUGGGAAGACAAAGGGAAGAGGUAACAGUAUCAAUGAGAGCUUUGGGGACAGCUUUACUUAAUUGUAAAAGUCUGGAAGUCUUAGAUGUGAGCGAUAAUGCGUUUGGGCCAGAUGGGGUUAGAGCUUUUAGCGAGCUUCUUGAAAAAGCGGCUUCUUUGAAAGAGCUGCAUGUAAAUAAUGAUGGGCUUGGACCUGAAAGUGCAGCGAUAAUUGCUGAGUCGCUUAGAAGAUGUGAAAACUUGAAACUUGAAGUAUUUAGUGCAGGGAGAGAUAGAUUGGAGAAUCCUGGAAUUUCUGUUCUCGCUGAAGCAUUUUCUGCUAUGGGAAGCUUAGCUCUUUUACUAUUAAAAAAUAUAAUUAUCCAUUAUAAUUUUUAUUUUAAUUUUUUAAACAUUAUUACUAAUUUAUAGUAAGAAAAAUCAGUGUUCCGCAAAACGGAAUUAAAGCUGCAGGCAUGGUCGCCUUAUUUGGCGCCCUAUCCAACAACCCUAACAUGCAAGUAAUAGAAAUCAAUGACAACAACCUCAAAGACGAAGCUGCAUACACAGCCCUUGCUCAAUGUUUGGAAUCCUUAAACUACAUCUCAGUCUUAAAUAUAGGAGACUGUUUACUUGGCGACGCAGGAGCUAGAAAAAUUAUCACAGCUCUAAAAAGCAGCAACCCUCACUUAAGGCAGCUUUACUUAAACUACGACGAGCUUGAAAACCCAGCCAUCAUCGACGAACUUGUAGAAUUGCUACAAAUGAGACCUGAGCUCGAAUUGGUCGAAAUCAAAGGAAACGAGUUCCCAAGCAAGGCCAAAAAAAGACUAGCAGAUUUUGAUUUUGAAAGAGAAGUCUCAAUUGCCCUUAAAAGUGAAGGAGAAGAAGAAGAGGAAGAAGAAGAAGAAGAAAAGGAGGAAGAAGAGCUUGCUAAAGGAGUAGAAAAUAUUGAGCUGAAAGAAGAUUAA